AUGAAUUCAAUACCCUCAGAGUCGACUACAUCGUCGAAUGACCCUUUCCUUACCCUAUGGAACCAUUUUAAAGAUGAAUUACUGGCGUCAGACUUUGAUUCCUUUGAAGAACUUAAACGAGAAAGGGGAUCAGUCUUUAAGCGCUUUGAGAAAGAAAAUUUAUUCCAAUUGAGUUGUUCUGACAUUGUAGAACGGUUCCAACUUGCUCUUUUUCUAACUGUCAUCACAGUGCGCAAUCUGAUCGAGCUUUCUGGUUCUCCUCCAUCUCCUUUUUCUAUUUUGCCUACAUCAUUCAUUCCUUUAUUUCCUGCAAUGACAACUGUUGAAACACUUUUGACCCCAGUGAUUAUAGUGUUCGCAUCUGAAUUAUUGGUCGACUGGCUAAAGCAUGCUUUCAUCACUAAAUUUAAUCAUAUCAGACCAAGUAUUUAUGAUCGUUUUAUCGACAUACUAUCAAGAGAUUUAGUAGUUGGGAAUAACGAAGAACAGAACUCUGAAAAUCAAAAGUCCCUGAUGGUCUCACGCCGGAUUGGUUUCGCUGCACUUCCUCUCGCAUGCCUAACAAUUCGAGUUGCGUCACAAACUAUGACGAUGAUUUCAGAUUCAAUUCAAGAGAUGGAAACUGAAGAACGAUCAAAUUUGGCUUUUGCAUAUGUGUUCACACAACCUAGUGGCGUAUGGAUCUUUUGUGGCAUUGCCGUAUUUGUGAUACUAACUUUCAUAAAAUUAUUAGUUGGGAUUAAUAUUCUCGGAUUUGCCCACCGACGAUAUGCGGACAUGGAACGUCGUGAAGCCGAAGAACGUGCUAGAACAGAAGAAUUAGACUCUAACGUCGCAAAAGAAAAGGAGCAAUUAAGCAGUAAGGUUCCUGAUGACCCUAGAGAUAAUGUUUUAGGUAAACAAAAGCAGGUUAUUACCCUGGACAAUAUUGAUCGCUAUACGUUGUUUAAAAGCCGUAUUCCAUGA